CAGAACUCUGCCCAUAAGCCUCAUUAAUACCAACUUUUUGCUCUUCAUUAUUAGUAGUUUUCAGCUGAGAGUUGGCUUCAGCACAGAUAAGCGCAGCCUUAGAGAUUCGCAAUUAUUACUAGAAAAAAAGUGUGGGAUACGUGAUGAUGAUAAUGUCCACAGGGCAAUCGCUCUUUCGUACAAGUCCCUCUCCUUUCGGUCUUCACGCGUCUACCGCAACCUCGCCGUGGUGAUUGUGCCUGCCGGGCUCGGAUUAAUUGUAUUGGCAUCGCACCAUGGUAUUACUCGAGAAUGAAUCGUUUCUCAGCGAGUUGACGAAGCUGUUCCAAAAGAACAGAAGCAGUGGAUCCAUCUACAUCACCAUGAAGAGAUAUGACGGCAAGACCAAGCCAAAGCCGCGGCCAGAGAAGCUUGCUGCCAAUCCGAUCCAGCCACCGGCAGAGUACAAGUGCCUACUAAGAGCGCACGCAGGGUCGAACAAAAUCAGCACUGUGAUUAACGCCAAGGACGUCAACAGGUUUCAACUGGCGUACGCCAACCUACUCAAGGGAAACAUAGACGGACUCAAGAAGAAAGACAAGAAGAAGAGCACUGCGAAAGCCACUCAGUAAAGCUAUUUAUUAUAAUUUUUUUUGUACAAGAUGAGAGCAAAAAAAUGUCCCUCUGUUUCA